AUGCAAAACAAAGAGGAUAGACAGAAGCUUCUUGCUCAGCAGACGCUCAGCAAGAUCAAUGAAGUCGAGAAUCAUGGCACGAGAAGGUAUCCUCAUCGACUCAACUUUUACGACAAGCCUCCCCUUGGAGACAUCACGAUUGAAGACUUCGAAACGUGUGCGCUUGACCGUCUGCGGAUCCUCGCUGAGAUUGAGUCGUCUUUCGUCCGAAACCGAUCAUGGGAUGAGCUCAAGAACAUCACCAUCACACAAUCCGAUAAGUUCCUCCAGCUGAACAGUAACUCCGCUUGGACAUUGGACCUGGAAUCCCAGCGGAGGAAAGAUCACGUAGGACACUUCGUCCUCCGCCUGGCAUUCUGUCGUUCGGAAGACCUACGGAGACGAUUCGUAAAAGCGGAAACGGCGCUGUUUCGCGUGCGCUUUGACUCCGAUGACGGCGAAGAGAAUCUAGAGUUCUUGAAGUCUCGCGACUUUGGCUGGGAAGAGGUCACGGCGGAUGAGGUUGAGGAACAUUUCAAAGAGCUCCAAACAGCAGCCGCUUCAGCAAAUCGUGAACCCAAUCCAAAAGAGAGAUACUGCAAGGUGAGAUGGACUCGUGUACCAGACCUUAUAGAGAAAAGGCGGGUGUUCCUGAAGGGUGGGAUGGCGUACGUACCAUCGCGCGAACAGUCAAGCAUUGUCUUCCAGGAGUUUCAAAACAGUCUCAUGAAAUCACUCGAGAUGACAGCGAAAGCAUUGCCGUUUCUGGACGAAGAUACACGCAUUGUCCCCAUUCUCAACAACCUCUCGCAAGGCUUCCUUGCCGGUGUCUCGUCUGAGUGGAGCACGGCGACAGCGGGUAGCGGGAACGAGAUCACUGCAGAUAUGAUCGACGACAUGGCGAGGAAACACUUCCCCGCAUGCAUGCGCAACCUCCACGAAUGUCUCCGGAGAGACAAGCACCUGAAGCAUUUCGGUCGAUUGCAAUAUGGUCUGUUCUUGAAGGUCCUCGGUCUCUCCAUAGACGAGGCAAUCUCAUUCUGGCGAAGAUCAUUCAGCAAUAUUCAGGACGACAAGUUCAACAAGGAGUAUAGGUACAACAUCCGACACUCUUUCGGCUUGGAAGGAAAGCGUGCCAACUACCCUGCAAAGAGCUGUCAGCAGAUUCUUACGUCGGACCAGCCGGGGACAGGCGAUUCGCACGGAUGUCCCUACCGGCACUUCUCGCCCGACAAUCUGCAGACGGCGCUGCUCUCGAUGUACUCCAGCCAGGGCCUGACGUCGGCAGAUUUGCCGGAGAUUAUGCACACAGUCAAGGCGGGACACUACCAUGUCGCGUGCACACGAGUGUUCGAGAUCACACAUGCACGGCAGGGUGUGGCCAAGGGUGAGGGUGUCGGUUCAGGAGAGAGCGUGACGCAUCCCAACCAGUACGCGGCGAGAAGUCGUGAGCUCGAGCGCGAACGAGACGGCGACAACGGGAAGAAGGAGGAUGACGGAGAUGUUGUUAUGAUGGGUUGA